UGCAUCAAUUCGUUUGACAGUUAUUUUGAUAGCACGUGUGUCCCGGUUUUCUAUCGUGCAUUCCCUCUAAAAAUAAGCAUAAAAAUGAAUAAUUUACUUCGAGUUGCGUUCAGAUUCAACUACAAAACAUUUUUGAACCCUGUUAAAAAAGUCUCGAACACUUUUCAACAGCGCCAACUUGCACGUAAUCUUUGGUACAUGUGCAAUUCCCGAAAUGAUCCAGAAAAUAAACUGAGCAAAUUGUGCACUUGUGGAUGCAUGAGCAAACAUCAACAUGCACACAGUAAAGCUGAAACUGAAUUGGUUGAGUUUCUUACUGAAGAAAUUGUCUUGGAGAGGAAAGCACAGAAAUCAGCAACUCUUCCAGCGGAAUUGGACGGUUUUAAAGUGCAAUUAAACGGAGCUGAAAUUACUUUAACCAAAAAAACGGAAACGGAAACGAUAAAAAUCUCCUUCAACGUGAACCACACUGUUGAUACUGAUACACUACCAAAAGUGGAUUCAACCAUGGAUGAACCCGAAUUGGGAGAAUUAAAAUCAAAGCCAGCAUUUAAAGUUGAAAUUCUGAGGGGAUCAACAACUUUCAGUGUUUUCUGUUCAUUUCUAGACAGUGACGACCAAGAGCCAGGUGGUGAUAUUUUUGGAGUAGACGAGCUUAGUAUUUACGAUGGGGCAUGGAAUGAAAAUGUUUAUGCAGUUUCUGGAGAAGUUUUAGAUACCCACUUAUAUGAUCUUAUCCUUAACUACUUAGAAGAAAAAGGAAUCUCGAACGAAUUUGUGGGAAAAUUGUCCGAUUUUAGCUCAGCUUAUGAGCAUUCAGCAUACAUUGGUCUUUUAGAAGGAUUAUCUAAGUUCGCUUCUGGGAAAUAAAUAGUUUAAGUAUGUAACAAAUCUAUAAUCAAUAGGUCUAAAGUUUUUGUUCAAUCAAUAAACAUUAACAUAAUUUUAA